CAUCACUCUUAGGCCAGUUUUCACAAAACAUUUUGAUCUUUUUGUGUAUUCUCAGGUAAGAUACUAUACUGCAGCUGAAUGAAGUUUUGAUAAAAUACAUAAAAACGCAAACGUGUUCCUAAAUAUUCAGAAAAUUAAUCUGUAAUCACAGGCGACGACUAGCAGACGUAACUGCUCUACUAUUGGCAAACCUGUUUUAAUGUUGAUACUGUGGCAGAUGGAAGUAACGGGGGCACUUGCUGAUAGUCCUCUCUUCAUCAUUUGAACGCGGUAGAGAUAAGAUUGAAAUAAGAAAUGGCUCUUCGAAUUUUCAGCAAACGAAUUGUGAAUGCUUGCACACUUCAGGUUCCACAAUCAAAGAAAAGUUUUUUGCUAUAUGAUGGAAAAAAUGUUAGCAGUAGCUGCUUCUUCAGUGAGUGGAAAGGUACCGAACCCCUUUCAGAAGAUGAUCCUGAGAUGUGGAAACUCAUUCAAGAAGAAAAACAUCGUCAAACUAAUGGCCUUGAAUUGAUUGCUUCAGAAAAUUUUGCUAGUCGAUCUUGUCUUGAAGCAUUAGGAUCUUGUCUUAAUAACAAAUAUUCAGAAGGAUAUCCAGGUUUGAGAUAUUAUGGAGGGACUGAAGUAAUUGAUAAAAUUGAGUUACUCUGUCAGGAAAGAGCCCUUAAAGCCUUUAGACUUGAUCCAGAAAACUGGGGUGUUAAUGUGCAACCUUAUUCUGGAUCUCCAGCAAAUUUUGCUGCAUAUACUGCACUUUUGAAGCCUCAUGACAGGUUAAUGGGACUAGAUUUGCCAGAUGGUGGUCAUCUCACGCAUGGAUUUAUGAAUGAUCAGAAAAGAAUAUCUGCCACUUCGAUUUAUUUUGAGUCAAUGGGUUAUAAACUAAACCCUGAAUCCGGAUUGAUUGAUUAUGACAAGUUAGAAGACAUGGCCAAACUUUAUCGUCCAAAAUUGAUUAUAGCUGGAACUAGUGCUUAUUCUCGAUUACUUGACUAUAAGCGAUUCAGACAGAUUUGUGAUGAGGUUAAAGCAGUUUUACUUGCUGAUAUUGCUCAUAUCAGUGGACUUAUAGCAGCAGAUGUAAUUCCAACACCUUUUGAUUAUGCUGAUGUUGUUACUACCACUACUCAUAAAACAUUGAGAGGAGGAAGGGCUGGAAUGAUUUUCUUUCGGAAAGGAAAAAAAUCUACUGAUAAAAAUGGUAAAGAGAUAAAAUAUGAUUUUCAGCAAAAAAUUGACUUUGCUGUGUUUCCCAAUUUGCAAGGUGGUCCACAUAACCAUGGAAUUGCAUCUGUAGCUGUCGCUUUGAAGCAGGCAAUGUCACCAGAAUUUCGUCAGUAUCAAGAACAAGUUUUAAAAAAUGCUAAGGCAAUGGCAAAUGCACUUAUUAAUAGAGGCUAUACCCUAGUUUCUGGUGGCACAGACAAUCACUUACUGUUAUUGGAUUUGAGACCUAAAGGUCUUGAUGGAGCAAGGUUAGAGUGCGUAAUGAAUAAUACUAAUAUCACUGCAAACAAAAAUACUUGUCCUGGUGAUAAGUCAGCUUUAGUUCCUGGUGGAGUUAGACUUGGUGCACCAGCUCUAACGUCACGCAAUUUUAAGGAAAAAGAUUUUGAACAAGUUGUUGAAUUUAUUCAUAGGGCAGUUCAAAUUGCCCUCGAAGUAAAAGGAAAAUCUGGUCAAACAGUAAAGGAGUUUAAAGCUUUCUUAGAGACUGAUGAAGACAUGAAAAACAAAGUUAAUCUCCUACGGAAAGAUGUAGAAUUAUUUGCAUCUCAAUUUCCUAUGCCUGGGUUUCAUGAUCAUUAAAUGUUUCCACAAGUUCCUAAUAUUUAUGAUAUAGUAAUAUUUUACUGUUAUUAUUGUGUUUUAAUUUAUUUUACAGCAUUUAUAAACAGUAACAAGCUUUUCAAUUUAAAAACAUGAGACAUACAUUGAUACAUUGCCUAAAAAUACUAUACUUGAAGCAGAUAAAAUUGCUGAUAACGGAUUCUGAAACAAAAUAUAAUGUAGAAUAUCAAAAUUUACUGAACAAACAGAUUUUUUUAAAAAAUCUUUGAGGAAAAUCAAAUGUUUCCAAAUGUAUUGUUCUCUAAUGUUGCCAGUGUCAUAAAUAAAAUACUUUUCAUUUUUGUA